CUUAUAUUUAAAUAAUUUAUAGGUAUGAUACAAUUUUGUAUUUUUUGUCUGGUAGAUGUUCUUUAAUCCUGUUCCUUUUAUCCUUUAUAGUAAACCCUUCAUCACACAUAUAAGUUACAACCCUACUUCUCUCCAUCCUCCCGACAGUUCUCCUACACCACCACAUCGCCGCCGUCCUCCUCUCUUCAUCCACCACGAUUAUGGAAAAAGCUGACAAAGAGACUCACGAUUUCAUGAACGUGGAGUCUUUCUCUCAGCUUCCCUUCAUCCGCCCCUCACUGCUCGGAGAAAAAAGCAUUAGGCUCUUUGGGAAAGAAUUUGGUGGUGGCGCCGGUGCUGCUGCCGACUCAUCCAUCGUCAUCAUCAACGACGAGUCAGAUUCAAACGACACCGCCGCCGUCGUCCAGGAGGAAUCUAAAGAAACCGGAGAAAGUAACCGGAAAUUCGAGUGCCACUACUGUUGCAGAAACUUCCCAACCUCUCAAGCUUUAGGAGGCCAUCAAAACGCACAUAAAAGAGAACGACAACACGCCAAACGAGCUCACCUUCAGUCCACCAUGUUCCAUGGAAGCUUCACGGAGGCACAAAUGUACGGUCUUAUGAAUUACCACCGUCUCACCGCCGCACCCACCCACGGCCCACCCUACUACCACCAACAACAACCACUUUCCUGGCGCCCAAAUACUACCAGUAAUCUUUACAGUACUACUAGCAUUACGAACAACACUAACAGGUUUUACGGAGGGAUUACAACUUCAAGCUCUCAUCAAACACCCAUCAAUGGCAAUCCGUUGACCGUGUGGAGAUAUCCGACGGCUAGAAGCUCGACAUUUUCUGACAGCUUGAAGGUGUCAAGAAUUGGAACUGGGACUAAUUCUCAGAUCCGAUAUCCGUAUGAACAGAAGCCUAGUGUUCAAGAUCAAGUUAGUUUGGAUUUACAUCUAUAAUAUCAAUUCCUUUUUUUCUCUUUAAUAAAGUACAUAUAGUUGUUAUUUUAUUAAAUUCCAAUCAUUAUGUGAUGAUCAUUACAUCGUAA